UGUUCACUCUGGACGCGUGGCGGUGUUCACUCUCUGCAUGUGGAGAGGGGACAACCGGGAGAUCCGGAGGGAAAUCCACACGACCACGGGGAGAGAGAGAGAGAGACACCUGUCGCUUCCUCUGCAGAAUUGGUCUGAUGGAGCAAAGGCACUCGGCGCGGCUCGGUGCAAAAAGGCAACAAUGCGACCUGCGUGCCAACAGCACAGAUCGUACUGAACAUUUGACACAGCACCAGAGAACUCAAACAGCAGAGAAACCCGUCAAGUGCAGUGUGUGUGGGAAAACGUUUGCACAGUCAUCUACUCUUGUAAAACACCAGAGAACACACACAGGAGAGAAACCCUUCAAGUGCAGUGUGUGUGGGAAGGCAUUUUCACAGUCAGCUACUCUUGUAGCACACCAGAGAAUACACACAGGAGAAAAACCCUUCAAGUGCAGUGUGUGUGGGACGGCGUUUGCACAGUUAUCUGCUCUUGUAAAUCACCAGAGAACACACACGGGAGAGAAACCCUUCAAGUGCGGCGUGUGUGGGAAGGCGUUUGCACUUUCAUCUACUCUUGUAGAACACCAGAGAACACACACGGGAGAGAAACCCUUCAAGUGCAGUGUGUGUGGGAAGGCGUUUGCACAGUCAUCUACUCUUUUAAAACACCAGAGAACCCACACGGGAGAUAAACCCUUCAAGUGCAGUGUGUGUAGGAAGGCGUUUGCACAGUCAUCUGCUCUUGUAAUACACCAGAUAACCCACACGGGAGAUAAACCCUUCAAGUGCAGUGUGUGUGGGAAGGCGUUUGCACAGUCAUCUGCUCUUGUAAUACACCAGAUAACCCACACGGGAGAUAAACCCUUCAAGUGCAGUGUGUGUGGGAAGGCGUUUGCAAAGUCAUCUCCUCUUGUUAUACACCAGAGAACACACACGGGAGAGAAACCCUUCAAGUGCAGAGUGUGUGAGAAGGCGUUUGCACGGUCAUCUACUCGUGAAGCACACCAGACAACACACACGGGAGAGAAACCCUUCAAGUGCAGUGUGUGUGGGAAUGCGUUUGCACGGUCAUCUGUUCUUGUAAUACACCAGAGAACCCACACGGGAGAUAAACCCUUCAAGUGCGGUGUGUGUGGGAAGGCGUUUGCACAUUCAUCUACUCUUGCAGAACACCAGAGAACACACACAGGAGAGAAACCCUUCAAGUGCAGUGUGUGUGGGAAGGCGUUUGCACAGUCAUCUGCUCUUGUAAAACACCAGAGAACACACACGGGAGAGAAACCCUUCAAGUGUGGUGUGUGUGAGAAGGCGUUUACACGGUCAUCUACUCUUGUAGAACACCAGAGAACACACACGGGAGAGAAACCCUUCAAGUGCAGUGUGUGUGGGAAGGUGUUUACACUUUCACCAAAUUUUCAAAGACACCAGAGAACACACAAGCAUCACAAUAUCCACAAGGAGUGGAGUCUGAAAUCAGCUUGUGAAAGUCAAAGUGAUGCAAUGAGUGUAUCCCUCAUGAAACAAGAACCGGAAGAAAAUCCCAGCUUGGAUACUUUGAAAGAUAUCGAGGUGAAACGUGAAGAUGUGAAGGUGAAAUGUGAAGAAGUGAUGGUGAAGAGCGAAGAAGUGAAGGUAAAAUGUGAAGAUGAAGAUUCAACUCCAAAAUCGGACCUUCACAUCGAUGGAGGCAACGUGAAGCAGGAGGAUAAUUCUCACUGUGAGACAGAGCGAGGCAACUCCCAGCAGUUUGUGGAAGUGGAGGUGUGGGUUGACUUCCUCCGCGACAAUAGAAAGUCAAAUGGAGACCCGGGAGAUGUGUAAGCUUGAGACGAUGUCGCUCCAAUAGACGCACCUUUGUCACAGGCCUUUAAUGACAAGAAUGUGAAGUUGAACACUCGGUUCUUAGGUUCAACCUGCAGGGUAAGAGCGGCCAGUCUUUGUGGACCUGUGUGUUGGGUAGAUUUCUAACCAGGAGCGAGAGCCAAUAAGCUCCCAAGCAUUCACUGUUAUAAAUUGCAUUCAUAUGGUGCAUACUUAAUCGCCUCGGCAACUCGGAGUUUUGUAUCGUAUCUCGUUUCAAACACUCGAAGAGCACCCUCAAGUAGCAGCUGCCCCUGUGUGGCACAAGGUGGUGGCCCUGCACUGGCCUGCAUGUAGACAAGAGCCUGUCAGUAGAGGGCGAUGGUUGAUGUGGCACCUUGGUUGUGGAGUUUGUAGGUAAUGUUUGGAAUUUGCUAAAUUUUGACCCAGACACCAGCAUUCGUUUUGAAUGGCGCAAUAGUAUUAGUUAAAAUGAUUGUCAAUAAUUUAGAAUGAUUACUUGUCUGAUGGUGUGCGCACAUGUAACAUUUUGUCUAUAAGGGUCAAACAUUGAAUAAGUGAUGUUAGGACAAAGUUUGUGUUUUGCAAGUAACCUGUACAGAUCACUCGGGUGAGACUCAUUGUUCUUGUGAUACAGGUCAAAGGGUACUUUUGUGUUUUCAGGAAGCGUCUGCCUCUGGAGCAACUCAUUGUCUUUUAAAUAGUGAGCACGCUCGGAUCAUUAAUCAGUUACAAGGCAUACCAAUUAAAAGUUACACGAAAAGGAGGAACAUUCUCUACAACACGAAUUAUAAUUUUGUAUUAUGUGUUGAAUUAGGACGAGAAAUGGUCCUUGCUGAUUGUAAAGUGACGAAAAAAAUUUCACACGAGCGACGCAUCCACGCAAGCUCCCGAUGCUCCGUUUUGAAGUUUGAAAAUGAAACAACUUUGAAUUGUAUUAUGUUUUGAAUUACAUAAAUGUACUUCUUCAUUAAAAGCUUAUUCAUUGAAAACGAUAUUUCGUGUGAAUUUUCUCUCGUCGUGAAGUAGAUGGCCUUGCUGGGGGUUCAGUUUGAUGCGGACUUUCACCUGUUUGGGAUCGCGGGAUCGAGAUGAGGCGACACAGAGCU